GCGACCCGGAUAGAUAACAAGAAGUUCCCCUCCCGUCUUCUCCCAUAAUACCGAAGCCGAGGCGGAGGCUUUACGAACAAACAGGCCAUUAGCCAGGGAAAGAAGCCCAACACAAACACACACAGGCGAUACCGGAGCGUCGACGCGGGAAGGAGACGAGACCGCCGCCGACCAAUCCCUGGGGAAGCUCUCGCGGGGCAGAGAAGAAGCUCCCCCGCGCAGGCCGUCGAGGGUUGAGCAGCUCGGGGGGCAGGAGAGGAGCCCUCGCCGCCCGCAGCGGAUCUCCCGAUCUGAGGCGCCGCGCGUCGAUUCCCCGCAGGGUUUUGGCGGGCGCCGGAGAUGAGCGUGGAGAGCCCCGGGAGAACCUCUGGCAGCUAGGUUUUUUCUCCGGAGCGCGAGCACUGGGGCGCCCACGCGACAGAGCUCCCGGGUUUUCCAUGGGAGAUGGUGGAGUCGCGUGCGCCGUCCCGCCGCAGCGUGCAGUGGAGGGCUUCCGUGCCGAUGCCCUCGUGAGGAGGGGAGGGGGAGAAGCGAUGCCAGACAAGGGGGACAAGGGACACGGCCACCACCAGCACCAGCGCCAGCAACACCAGCAUAAGCAGCAGUCCACUUCGGCUCCCGACCUGGAGGAAGGGGAGGUGCUGCUCAAUGGGGAGGCAGAGAACAAGGGGGUGUCGGAGAGGACUGUGCCUCCCAAGAAAUGGCGCAAGUUGCUCCCGGCCUCACAUGCUGCGGAGGUGGAGCCGGGGGAGAUUGUUGGUGUGCAACCGGCGCCGGCAAGGAAGGCAAGGAGAAAUGGGGAGCUUGACAAGGGGGAGAUUGUGCCCGUGAGGCAGUGGAAAGAUAAGCCUGAGAAGAUAGUAAGGAAGUCAAAUACGGUGGAACCAGGGGAGCUUGCUCCACUGGAAAAGAAGCGGGACAGAGAUCAUAACAGGAAGCUAAGUUCGUCAUCUCAGGUACGUGAGGAUGGGAAGAAAGCCUCUUUGCGUGAUUCUGACGAGGAGCCUGGUGAGAUUAAGCCAGAGAGCAGCAGCAGUGCCAGUGCCAGGAAGAGCCGGGCAGUGGAGCCCGAGAGCAACCACCGCAAGCACCAUGCUGAGACAUGCGAUCAAUCAGGGUCAAAAAGUCGCAGGAAAGGAGAAGCAAAGAGUACUUCUGCUGGAAGGCAUUUGUCUGGAAGAAAUCAUGAAAUCUCAACACCAAUACGAGAUCGGCAUGACAGGCUCGAAAGGAGCCCAGGCAUCUUGGGACGCUUUCCUCAUGAUCGUGUUCGCCAUGAAAAGCAUGAGAGGAGCCCAAGCCGCUUGGAGCGCUCCCCACGAGACCGUGGUCGUCACUAUGACAACAGAGACCGCAGCCCAUACAUUUCACCACGGCACAAAGUGCGCCAGCCCCAUCACAGGGAUAGCACACCGAGCCGCAUUGAUAAUUCCCCUCGUGGGAGGAUCCAGCAUGAGGACAUCAGAGACCGAACUCCACUCCGUACUGAUAGAUCACCAUCUGAACGCGGCCGAACUACUGAUAGCCAUGAAGCAAGCAAGAAGAGCAGAGGUGCUAAGCUUGAAAGCAAGAACCUGGAAAAUGCACAACACAAAAAUAAAUCAAUGAAGCAAUCAUGUAAGAAUAAGAGUGGUAGCAACGGAAAGAGCGAGGAGAGGAUCUCGAAGGAAAAGGCAACCGAGAGCAUUCAAUAUACUGAGCUGCCACCACCACCUCCAUUACUGCCGCCGCCGCCUCCUCCUCCACCUCCACCUCCGCCUUUACCACCUAGCAUGCCUCCUCCCCUGCCACCACCACCAGUACCUGAGCAGCCCAAUGAUGUUGUUGUUGAAGAUGUCUCAAUGGAAGAAGACAUGGAUAUUUGUGACACACCACCUCACACCAGUGAAGCACCUAAACCCAGUGUUGAGCCCUCUACUGUUAUGGGGAAGUGGUUUUACCUUGACCAAUUUGGUGUUGAGCAGGGACCUUCCAAGCUCGCUGACCUUAAGAAGCUGGUCGAUGAUGGAUAUCUUCUAUCUGAUCAUCUUAUAAAGCAUGCAGACUGCAACAGAUGGGUGACCGUUGAAAAUGCAGCUACUCCACUGGUUCCAUCUGAUAUCUCCUUGGUGUACUCGGAUGGUACAACACAGCUGGUUAGCCCUCCAGAAGCCCCAGGGAAUUUGCUUGACGAAGCUCGAGAGGAGGCAUCUGCCUUGGCAUCAAGUGCUGACAAUGAACAAAUGGAGGAAGCUUCUGAGGAACCGAAGGAGGAUCUCUAUAUUGAUAAUAGGGUUGGCGCACUGAUGUAUGGAUCUGUUCUGGUGGAGGGUCAUGAGCUGGAGAUUCUUGGAGAUGCUUUGGCUACACAUUUCAACCGUGUUGACUUGGAAAGAUGGGAUCAGCCUGAAGAUUUUCCAAGGUUCCAAGCGCAACCUGCAAGAGAGGAUGUAAUCAAUGGAGGCAUUGAAUUUGCUGACAACAGCGCCACAGAUAUUUAUGGUGUUGGUCCUAUUGAGAGGGACACGUUUUACCACAAUGUUGAAUCUAGUGAGUGGUUUUCUGGUAGAUGGUCUUGCAAAGGUGGUGACUGGAAGAGGAAUGAUGAAUUCAGUCAAGAUAAGCCUUACAGGAAGAAGCUUGUCCUCAAUGAAGGCUAUGCUCUUUGUCAAAUGCCAAAAGGCAGCCAUGAGGAUCCUCGCUGGCACUGCAAGGAUGAUCUCUACUACCAUGUACCUGCUAAAAAGCUUGAUCUGCCUUUGUGGGCAUUCUCAUCAACAGAAGAGAGCACUGACACUGUUGACGACACCAGUAAAGGUGGCAUUAUGCCUGGGAGGUCAGGUCAGGUUAGACAAUCUACCAAGGGUGUUAAAGGGAUGACGCUUCCAGUUGUUAGGAUAAAUGCUCGUGUUGUCAAGGACCAAUCCUCUGUUGAGCCCUGCAUAAAGCCCAGAGGAGCUGAUCGGUCACUCUCUAGAUCUUCACGCUCCCACUCAAUUGGAGCUGAUAGGAGUUCUGCCCAUGAAGGUUUGUCUUAUUCAAAGAAACAUCAUGAACAUGAUUUGCAAAGUUUUCACAAGUCCAAGUCUGUUCUGAACAUUCCGGAAGACCAUGUUUGCACUGUUGAAGAAUUGUCAGUAAAAUUGGGUGACUGGUACUACCUGGAUGGCACUGCACACGAGCAUGGCCCAUUUUCCUACUCUGAGUUGCAAAAGUUAGUUAGGAGGGGCACCAUCCGUGAACGGAGCAGUGUGUUCCGAAAGAUUGAUAACACAUGGCUUCCAGUUGUCAAGGAUAUGAAAUUUGACUCUGCUUCUCGAAAUGGGGGGUCAGGAAGUUCAAAUUCGACCUCUGCCCUUGUGCAUUCAGACCAAUCCAACGUUGUUGUGAACCAUGGAUCCGGUAGCUUCCAUGAGUUGCACCCCCAGUUUGUGGGUUAUACACGUGGUAAGCUGCAUGAACUAGUCAUGAAAUAUUUCAAGAGCAGGGAACUUACUUUAGCCAUAAACGAAGUCUUGGAUCCAUGGAUCGCAGCAAAGCAGCCCAAAAAAGAAAUAGAAACAUACGUUGCUAACAAUUCAGCUACAAGGAAUUUGCUGCCAGAAGAUGCUGGAUCUGCAAAAAGGGCUAGGUUUCUCCCUGAUCGAAGUGAUGAAGAUAUUGAUAUGUAUGAGGACAUUCUUACAAGUCACAAGGAUGACUGCUGUUUCGAAGACCUAUUUCAAGAAGCUGCUCUUACUAAUUCCAUAGCAGAAAGUGAAAGCUGGGAUUUACUAAAUGGUCAUGUGUUAGCAAGAAUAUUUCAUUUUCUGAGGGCGGACAUGAAAUCACUAAUUUCUUCUGCAGCUACAUGUAGGCGCUGGAACACUGCUGCUAAAUGUUACAGGAACACAUGUAGAUUUGUUGACUUGUCUUCUGUUGGCCCUCGAUGCACUGAUUCCGUGUUUCGUGGUAUUAUGGCUGGUUAUGAGAAGCAAAAUAUAAAGACGCUUGUUUUAGUUGGGUGCUCAAGCCUUAGCCCCCUUGCCCUUGAGAAAGUGCUUGUGCAGCUUCCGCACAUAUCUUAUGUGCACAUUCAAGGUUGCAGUCAGCUAGAGGAUAUGAAAAGCAGAUUUCAGCAUAUAAAAUGGAUUACGAGCUCGUUGAACCCUGAGGAGUCACUCCAGAAAAUUAAAAGCCUGAAGCAGAUAGACGAUGGGAGUGGUCACCCAUCCAAAGUUGCAAGGAACAUGACCAGUCAGCUGGGUGGUUCUGAUGAGCUUGACGGUUAUUUCGCUGAUAUCUCAAAUAGAGAGAAUGCCAAUCUUUCUUUCGGACAAGGAUUUUAUAAACGAUCAAAAUGGCUUGAUGCUAGAAAGUCCUCUGCGGUUUUGUCGAAGGAUGCACAGCUAAGGCGUUUGAUGCAGAGGAAUGCAGAGAAUAGCUACCGAAAGAUGGAAGAGUUUGUUAUCAGCAGAUUGAGAGAAAUCAUGAAGAGCAGCAGAUUUGAUUUUUUCGAUCCAAAGGUCGAGAAAAUUGAAGCUAGGUUGAGAAGUGGAUAUUAUGCUCGCCAUGGCUUUAGUUCUCUCAAGGAUGACAUCCGAUCUAUGUGCCGAGAUGCAUUGAGGUCUAAAGGCCGCAGUGAAGAUAUGAAGCAAAUUGUUGUUUCCUUCAUCCAGUUGGCAAAGAGACUGGGGAACCCACGUGUGAUUUCUGAGAGAAACGGAGCAGUAAUACAGAAAGACAAUUCAGACAUGGUCCAGUAUACUUCAGACACAAAACUAAAGAAGAAACAAAAUAAAACUACAGGGGAAAGAAGGGGAGCAAACUGGACUGCUGCGACUGCUGGAGCAGAUACUUCAUCCCGUGCAUUUGACCGUGAAAUCAAAAGAAGCCUCUCUAAAUUAAAGAAAAGGGAUGUUGAUUCGGGUAGUGAGACGUCUGAUGAUGAUGAUGGAUACUCUGAAGGUGAUGAAACUGAGAGUGAAACUACUGUUUCUGAUACAGAGAGUGACCUUGACUUAAAUUCUGUAGCAUGGGAUUUGAAGGGAAAUGGCAUGAAGUUAUUUGAAUCUGGUGAUUCUGUCACGGAUGAUCGUGGAUGGGGUGCUCGCAUGACGAAAGCAAGCCUUGUCCCUCCAGUUACUAGGAAGUAUGAAGUUAUCGAGAAGUACCUUAUUGUAGCAGAUGAGGAGGAAGUACAACGAAAAAUGCGGGUUGCUUUACCUGAUGACUAUUCUGAGAAGCUGCUCUCACAGAAGAAUGGUACUGAAAAUUUGGAGAUUCCAGAGGUUAAGGAGUAUCAACGUCGAAAGGUGCCUGGCGAUGAAAUUCUUGAGCAAGAAGUAUAUGGUAUAGAUCCGUUCACACAUAAUCUCCUGCGUGACAUUAUGCCUGCGGACCUCGGCUGGUCAGCUGCUGAUCAACAUACCUUUAUUGAGGAGUUGCUUCUGAAUACCUUGAAUAAGCAAGUCAAGGAUUUCACUGGUUCUGGAAAUACUCCUAUGGUUUACCACCUUAAACCUGUCAUUGAAGAAAUCCAAAAGUCUGCAGAGGAAAGUGGUGACAGACGAACUGUAAAAAUGUGCCUUGGAAUGCUCAAGGCCAUGAGGAGCCGUCCUGGUCCUGAUCAUAAGCACUAUGUCGCUUAUCGAAAGGGUCUUGGAGUUGUUUGCAACAAAAAGGGUGGAUUUGGCGUAGAUGACUUUGUUAUUGAGUUCUUCGGGGAGGUUUACCCUUCUUGGAGAUGGUAUGAAAAGCAAGAUGGUAUUAAGCAUAUACAGAACAACAGCGAAGAUCAAGCUCCUGAGUUUUACAACAUUAUGUUAGAGAGACCAAAGGGAGACCGUGAUGGGUAUGACUUGGUUUUUGUUGAUGCUAUGCACAAGGCUAACUACGCUAGCAGAAUCUGUCACUCCUGUAACCCCAACUGUGAAGCAAAAGUAACAGCUGUGGAUGGUCAAUACCAGAUUGGAGUUUACACUGUUCGGCCAAUUGCAGAAGGCGAGGAAAUCACUUUCGAUUACAACUCUGUAACUGAAAGUAAGGAAGAGCACGAAGCAUCGGUUUGCCUCUGUGGGAGCCAAGUAUGUCGGGGCAGCUAUUUAAAUUUUUCUGGGGAAGGAGCUUUCGAGAAGGUGUUAAUGGAAUUCCAUGGUGUGCUUGACCGACACAGUCUGCUGCUACAGGCUUGCGAAGCAAACUCUGUCUCCCAACAAGACUUAAUUGACUUGGGUAGAGCUGGUCUUGGUACCUGUUUGCUUGCUGGUUUGCCUGGAUGGCUUGUUGCUUACACGGCCCAUCUGGUGCGUUUUAUAUUCUUCGAGAGACAGAAGCUUCCUAAUGAGAUUUUUAAGCACAACGUGGACGAGAAGCGCCAGUUUUUUACAGAUAUAAACAUGGAUUCUGAGAGGAAUGAUGCUGAGGUUCAGGCUGAGGGUGUAUUAAAUUCAAGAUUACAGAAUUUAACUCAUACACUUGACAAGGUAAGAUAUGUUAUGAGAUGUGUAUUUGGAGAUCCCAAGAAUGCUCCUCCUCCUCUGGUGAGGCUUACUGGAAGAAGUCUAGUGUCUGCCAUCUGGAAAGGGGAGGGCUCAUUAGUUGAGGAGCUCCUUCAGUCAAUGGAACCUCAUGUUGAGGAAGAUGUACUUGCUGACCUCAAGGACAAAAUUCGUGAUCAUGAUCCAUCUGAUUCUGAAGACAUCGAGGGAGACAUCCGAAAUUCCCUGUUAUGGCUGCGUGAUGAGUUGCGAUCUCUUUCGUGCACUUAUAAGUGCCGUCAUGAUGCUGCUGCUGAUUUGAUUCACAUGUAUGCUUACACAAAGUGUUUCUUCAGAGCCCGAGACUACAAGACAGUAAAAUCUCCACCAGUUCAUAUCAGUCCUCUUGAUUUAGGUCCCAAAUAUGCUGACAAACUGGGACCAGGUUUCCAGGAGUAUCGCAAGACUUACCCAGAGAACUAUUGCUUAGCCCAGCUUAUCUAUUGGUACAGCCAGAACGCAGAGCCUGAAUCUAGACUGACAAGAGCUAGAAAGGGUUGCAUGUCACUACCAGAUGUCUCCUCCUUCUAUGUAACGUCUGUAAAGCAGACACAAGAACGAGUCUAUGGCACCAGAACUGUGAGAUUCAUGUUAACGCGCAUGGAGAAACAGGCCCAACGACAAUGGCCAAAGGACAGGAUAUGGGUGUUCAAGAACCACCCAAGAUUCUUUGGCACUCCAAUGAUGGAUGCUGUGUUAAAUAAUAGUUCUCUUGAUAAGGAGAUGGUGCAUUGGCUCAAGACAAGAUCAAACGUUUUUCUAGGCUAGGCAAAAGGAUUGUAGGCAGAGGGCAUUGGUUUUUCUCUUUGGAGAUUUUAGUGGAAGACAUUCUUUUUUCUACUAUCUUACCUACCUAUUCUUGGGAGCUAGCUUUUAGAUGGCAGGGUAACAGCCUCACCUUAUUUCUCAUUUGUACAGUCACCCCUCCCUCCCAACUUCCCUAGCCAGCCUGUAGAGAUGUAAUUUUCCACUAAUAACUGAUAGAUCAUAGAUCAUCAUUGAUUUGAUGCAUGUAGCGCCUUUUCCCGUCACGUAGAAUUGCUUUGCUUCCUUAGGGAAUGUACUUAUGUGUAAAUGCAAAACAGUUGCAAUCUUAAAUCCAGUGAUGUAUUACAGCUUGUAUGCAA